GUUUGCGUCCGUGCGCCGCGGCGGAUUCUCGCGACUCGUGGAGUGAUGUGCUGAUUGGACCACUUAACUCAUUGAGGACCUGACCUCUUUACUGCGGUCCUGUGAUUUGAAUCAUGUUGCGGUAUAUUUUAUCGGCGAGCGUCCUGGCGUGGUGCGUGGUGGCGACGCCAUCACCCCAGAGCUUCCUGAAGACCUUCGCGCUGGAAGAGCUGGUGCCGCUCCAGCACGCCUUCUUCCCCGCCCGCCUCGCCGCAGAAUGGGUGUCAGACACGGAGUACAUCGUGAUGGAGCCGACGGCUGUGAACAAGUACGAUGCCCUCACCGACAACUACGUCACCCUGCUCGACCAGGCUGAUCUGGUGAAGUUAGGAAGAUACGUGAUGCUCAAGUUUUCCAGCGACCAGAAGUAUUUAUUGUUAGCAGAUAACUUGCAGAAGAUUUAUCGAUACUCUUCUAUAGGAGAUUAUUUCAUCUAUAAUCUAGAAGACAAGAGCAUAUCUAAGCUCGGCAAGGGGCCCCUCCAGGUGGUGGUCUGGAGCGGGAGCUCUCUGGCUUACGUGCAGGACAACAACGUGUACUACGUGGCCGACGCGUCGCGCCCCGACGCCGCCUCCCCGCUCACUACAGAGGGAGUCCCCGGGGAGGUGUACUAUGGCGCCACCGACUGGAUUUAUGAAGAGGAGAUCUUCGACGCAGCCGAAGGGCUGUGGUUUUCCCCGAACGGUGCCUACUUGGCUGUAGCCUCCUUCAACGACACGUUAGUGGAGUCCGCCAUUUACCCCUACUACGGAACUCCAUCCAACAUCAGCAACCAAUAUAUAGAACUCGUUUCGUUUAAGUACCCCAAGGCAGGUCGCACAAACCCAAAGGUGGGGCUGAGAGUGUACAAGCUGGACGAAAAGGACAGCAAGACUUUCGCUAUACCGGUGCCAAUCGAAGUCGUCGGACAGGACUACAUUCUGGGGAACGUGAAGUGGGCGACAGACGAGAACGUCGUGGUGCUGUGGCUCAACAGGAGACAGAAUACGAGCUCCCUCAUAAACUGUAACCUACGCGAGAACAAAUGUAGCAUCCUCAAGCAGCAGAACGAGCCAGAUGGCUGGAUAGAUAUCUCUGAUCCGCUUUUCGAUGCGUCCGGCCUCAAGAUGCUUCAGAUUCAACCGUUGUACUUCGAGAAGAACCGGUUCAUGCACGUCGCCCGCUUCGACUUCAACACUCUAGUCAUAGAAGACUUGAGUCCCGGGAACGCGACGGUGAUGAAGAUCCUGGGAUGGGAUCAGGAAACCGAUUCGGUUUACUACAUCGUAUCCCCCGGGACGGAGCCAUGGCAGCGGCAGCUGUGGGUGACCAAGAAGGGUGUGCCCAAAUGCAUAUCCUGCCGGCACGCCCACUGUAACAAUGUGGAUGGGGAUUUCUCCUCCGGCGGGAGUUACGGCAUAAUCACAUGCAGCGCCAUCAACUAUCCUCCUACUACGUACUUAUACAAUGCCCGGAGCAACCAAUUCAGGCUGUUAUCGGAUAACGUGGAGUUGGCGGAACGGUUGAAGAAGUACCGCAUGCCGAUGGUACUGUUCAAUAAGCUAAAGCUGGCGGGUGGGGUGCCGGCGCACAUCAAGCUGCUGCUGCCGCCGGAGAUGGAGGCGGGCAGGAAGUACCCCAUGAUCGUGAGGGUCUACGCCGGGCCCGGGACCACGAGGGUUAAAGACAGCUACGAUUUAGAGUACUACAGCACAUACCUGGCCAGCAACCGCAGCAUGAUCGUGGGGUCGGUGGACGUGCGCGGCUCCGGCGCGAUGGGCGUCGACAACAUGCACGCCGUCAACAACGCGCUCGGCACCAUCGAGGUCACCGACACGCUGGCCGCCAUCAAGAAGCUAAUCUCCCAGUACGACUUCAUCGACCCGCAGCGCGUGGGCGUAUGGGGCUGGAGCUACGGCGGGUACGCCACAACCAUGAUGCUCAUCAAGGACGAGGACAGGACCCUCGCGUGCGGCGCCGCGGUUGCGCCCGUCACCUCCUGGCUCUAUUACGACACAAUCUACACGGAACGCUACAUGGAUACGCCUGCGAAUAACCCGGCCGGGUACGCACGCGGCGACGUCAUACCGCAGGCGGGCAAGUUGCGCGGCCGCCGCUACCUCAUCGUCCACGGCACCGGCGACGACAACGUCCACUUCCAGCACUCCCUCCAGCUCGCUAAGCAGCUGCAGCUCGAGGACAUCGAGUUUGAACAGAUGAGUUACACGGACGAAAACCAUUCCUUGCGAAGCGUCAGUCGACAUUUCUACCAUACCCUAGAUCGCUUUUGGACCAGUUGCUUCAAAUAGUUCCUAACGCGAGGAUUAGGAAGUAUUUGACAAGGAGUGAAAGGAACUUAGUUGUAUGUACGACGUACGUGUAUAUAUUAGUCAUAAUAGAUUGUAAUUUUGAAAAUAACAGGAAGACGAUUGUAAAUAAAUUCUGUUACAAAGUGUUUAGAUAUUCGCUAUAUCAAACAACUAAUGACUCUUAUAUUAAGUAAAUGUUACGCAGUGUUGAAGUAUGUAGUUUACUUAAUGUUAAACACUUUCACGUGAGCAUAA